AUGAAGGCACAAGCAGCUUUCACGGCAGUCGCUGUAGCCACGGCAUCUGUCGCGCCCAUCGUCAAGGCAACAGAGCCACAGCCUGUGGCGUUUUCACCUACCGAGUGGCUAGGAAACGACGGAAAUUGGUCGACAUUUGGGUUUCGGGUUGGCUCCAACAAUAAUGUUAAUGUUCUUUUCAGUACGGCGCUAUCGGAAUUCUGGGCUGUGGGACCGGGAGGGUGUAACAAAAGUAUGACAUUGUCAAUUUGGUCAAUGAUCUUGCGUCGUUUGCUGAUAUCUCUCGCUGCAGAUGAUCCUCAUUGCAGCUCCAACAGAGGUGGUAUUUAUUAUCCUUCCGACUCAAAGCAUUGGUCUUUGCUGGGUACAUGGCAACUAGGAUUGCCGGAUUUAGGGACAGGAGGCAAUGGACAAUAUGGCUUUGACAGCAUAUCGGGCCUCAACCCCAUGACCAAUACUGGCUAUCAAAUGUCCAACGUUCUUGUGUCAGCCAUCAACUCCACAGACUACUUUCUUGGAUUCUUCGGUGUCGGCAUGAGAUCAGGCAACUUCGGUGAUAUCGUUGCCACACCGCCAAUCAGACAAGCCGUGGCAUCGUUUGGCUGGGUUUCCAGUUAUAGCUACGGAUAUACUGCCGGAGCAUCGUACCGCAACUCUGUCGGAUCAGCGACACUGGGUGGUUUCGAUGCAGCUAGACUAGCCAUGCACGACAUCGUAUUCACCUUGAAUCAGACGGAAGGUGUUCCCAGGCCUCUCAUUCGAGGCAUUGAGGUAUCGUCGUCCAACGGGAGUAGUUGGAAAUCGGCUACCCGGAUUCUGUUGAAUUAUAACAGCGCCUUUACGGCCGUGAUAGACACGACGACGCCCUACCUCUGGCUCCCCCCGGCCCUGUGUGACAACUUUGCCAAGGCGCUCAACCUGACCUACAACGAAACUUUCCAGCUUUACACGUUAACAAACGAGCAGUACCGCCAGUAUUCAUCCAACAGCAACCUCGCUUUUGUCUUCAGUUUCUCGAGUAUGGACAAUCGUGACAACUUUGGCGAUCCUCUCGAUGUUACCGGCGUAGUUAACAUCACAGUGCCAGUCACAGCCUUCGUGAGCUUAUUGAGCUGCCCCUUUAUGAGGGAAGCCGUUGGAUACAACGACCCUGCCGUUCCGUAUUUUACACUCAGGAAAGCCCCUACCAAUAGCACCGCUAUUAUUGGAAACGCGUUCAUGCAAGAGGCUUACGUCGUGACCAAAUAUGACUCGGGCGUCUUUUCUUUACACCAAGCGCGGUUUCCCAGCGAUCCCAUAGCAGAUGCGAAGCUGACCAAGAUCAACCGACCGAACAACAGCCCAUACCCGCCGCCACCAGAUCCCAAUGGUGGAAAUGGUCCUUCGAUAGGAGAGAGGAUCGGUAUAGCUGUUGGCGCCGUGGCCUGCUUCAGCACGCUUGUGUUUGCCUUGCUCUGCUACAGGCGUCAUAAGCGACAACGGCCUGGCGAUGAGCUUGAUGAUGGCAAGGACUCCGCAUCGACACUCACACCAGAGUCUCCCAGGAGCCCUGUAUCUCGAAUCUUCUCCAGAAUACUUGGAUGGAGACGCUCUCCAAGGACAGGGGCAACCAUGAUGGCUAGCAGAGACCCAUCAGAAGCCCCGGAUCACCAAAUAUACGAACUUCCGGCCCCUGUAGCUCUCGCUGAAUUAGAUGCCGGAGGCGGCGAUGACAACUCCAUGUUGGACGAAACGGACGUGGGCACCGACAGCACGCAACACCUCAGUGCUUACGAGAUUGCAAAGAGAAAAUUAGAUCGACAGCUGCAAGGCCCUGUACCGGAAUAUACACCAUACGCUAACGGAACAGUCGUGCUGCCGGAAAAGGUCUCUGUUGCGGAGCUGCGCUCAACUCUUCAAACUCACAUGAUGGACCAGCCAUCACCCAUUUCUCCGCCAAGAUCUCGUGGCGGCGAUUCGAGCUCGAAUACCUUCCUCGCAUCUGAGCCAUCGCCCGUGUCACCCAGAGGAGAUUGGAAUUCAGUUGAACUGCCGUCACCCGUCACAGCAUCUAUACUACCACGAUCAAAUUCGUCAGGAACAAGGAGUGGAGGUCAAUCUAUUACAAGCCGAUCUCUGUCGGUAAAUUCCAACGCGCCAGCAUCCCCGGUGAAUGACUCGAGAUUUCCUCUGCCCGCGGCAUGUCAACGAACACCCAUUGAUCCCUCCAAGGUUGUGUGCCUAGGCACAUUACCCGAGAGCAUUCAUUUACCAGGCCAGACCGCAGAUUCAGGGUCACGCAUCGUGGACUCUGGUGGGCGUAACGCAUCUGCCGGCAUGUUUAUUAGUGGAUCUCGCGCAUCUGAAGCAAGCCUGGGAAGAAAUUUCACUGAGAAGGACGGAAUGGUGGAAGAAGCAACAAGAGGCGCUGGCCAUUUGAAUGUGAGGCCAAAUUGCGGCCAGCAGGACACUUUGUCAAGUUGGUUGAACACGCAUAAACAACCACUGUCUACUGAACCAGGAGAACGUGGAAGCGAAACUGGCCUUCCUAAACCAUCGGACCCCCGAGACUCACCCGAAGCAGGCCGCAUCGAUGCUGGUCGCGAUCUGAUCCACGUCCCCCAAAUGGCCGAGAAACGCUACAGCUGGGAAGAUGUAUCAUGA